AUGCGGGUGCACCUGGGGGCGCUGGCCGGUGUGGCUGCGCUGACUGGGGCGCUCAGCUUCGCGCUCCUGGCCGCCGCCAUCGGCACGGACUUCUGGUACAUCAUCGACACCGAGCGGCUGGAAAGCAGCGGGCCCGUGGCGAUGGAUCGGCUGGGGGCCGCCAACCGCAGCCGGCCUGAGUCUCUGAGUUCCCACUCUGGCCUCUGGCGGACUUGCAGAGUGAGGAGCCCGUGCACCCCGCUGAUGAACCCUUUCUGGCAAGAGAAUGUGACAGUCAGCGACUCAAACCGACAACUUCUCACCAUGCAUGGGACGUUUGUGAUCCUGCUUCCGCUCAGCCUGAUCCUGAUGGUUUUUGGGGGAAUGACGGGGUUCCUGAGCUUCCUCCUCCGUGCCUACCUCCUCCUCCUGCUCACAGGGACGCUCUUCCUCUUUGGAGCCAUGGUGACCCUCGCUGGCAUCAGUGUCUACAUCGCCUACUCGGCCGCCGCCUUCCGCGAGGCGCUGUGUCUGUUGCAGGAGCGGGCGCUGCUGGAGCAGGUGGACAUCCGCUUCGGCUGGUCCCUGGCCCUGGGCUGGGUCAGCUUCGCUUCCGAGCUGCUCACCGGGGCGUCCUUCCUGGCGGCCGCGCGCGUGCUCAGCCUGCGCCGAGGGCAGGACCAGGUCCUCUGAGCCCAGCCGCUGCCCGGGAGGACGCGGGAGGGCCAGGGACUCCCGCUGCUAGCACGGCUUCCUAUACCUCAGAGUUGCCU